AUGCCGAAUCCAGUGGCACGCAUCCCAACACAAUCGCCAGUCCACGCACCGGCAGCGGCGCAGUAUUCCUGUCUGCUCUGCAAGCAGCGGAAAGUGCGCUGUGACCGGAAGAUGCCGUGUUCAGCGUGUGUGCAGUGGAAGGCCGAGUGUGUCCGGACGACUCGGGCACCUUAUACGCAUAGAAAACGCCAGCGGCAAAGCGGGACUCCAGGGGAGAUCCGAAGAGAGUCUACAGAGCAGCCAGCGUCUUCAUCUGCACAGGCAGCUGGCCAACCACACGUGCCGGUGCUUGGCGAGUACGGAGGUCCCGUGCUGGCAGAUCCAUCAGGUCUUCUAUUUGGCGGGAUAGUGGCCGACAUUGAGCUCGAGAGUGCUCACCCACAGCCGGUGCAGACUUUUGUGCUCUGGCAGACGUUUCUCCAAAACGUGAACCCCCUGUCCAAGGUGAUCUACGCUCCCCAGGUGCAAGACUUGGUUGUGCAGGCCGCCGCAGACUUUACGGCCGUGCUGGUGCAGACGGUUCCGCUCUUGUUCGCGCUGUAUGCAGCUGCUGUGGCAUCCUGGAGCGAGGCUGAGUGCCGGGCCAAGAUGGGCGAGCCGAAGCAGGCGCUCCUGCAGCGAUACCUGGCAAGCACGCAGCAGGCACUCACAGCCGCAGGCUAUCUGCACACCAACAGUCUCGUGCUCCUCCAGGACUACACCAUUUACCUUUUGGCCGCUCGCCAGGUCUUUGACGCCAGUUCGAUGUGGAUCUUGACGGGAAUCGGCCUGCGCAUGGGGUCACGACUGCUGACGACGACGCCGAACGCAGCAAACGGGUCGGCCUUGUUCGAGACAGAGAUGCGGCGACGGGUCUUCUGGCAGAUGCUGCUGAUCGACGGCCGGGCCGCACAGCUCUCGGGCCAGGGGCUGCAAUUUGUGGACGUGCCGGCGGUGCCACUGCCAGCGAAUCUGAACGACAGCGACAUUAGCCCGCAGAUGGCGGUCAUGCCACCGGCAGUGACGGACCGGGCGACCGAGAUGCUGUUCUGUCUCAUGCGCUACGAACUCUGCCAGUUUCUGCUGACCCACGGCCGGGAGUUGCACGACCCAAAAACGCCGAUGGCACGGCGUGACAGACUCAUCGACAACCUGGCGGCGAUGUACGAGAGCGCGUACCUGGGACAUGUCGACGCGGCGCUGCCAAUGCACCGGAUCGCGGCGACUAGCACGAGCGCGAUGCUGGCCAAGAUGCGCCUCACUGCCCACCACCCGAGCCGGCGGCCAUCGAUGCCGCAGGCCGAACACGACACGCUCUUUGCCACGGCCGUUAGAAUGGUGGAGACGCUCCUACGUGGGUUGGAUGACGAGAGCGUGGCGCCGUUCCGCUGGCACGCGGACAUGUGCUUGCAGCUGGACGCGGUCAUCUUCUUACUGAUCGAGUCCCAGAGCCAGGCGCCCGAGGGCACGCUGGUCGACACGACCUGGCAGCUCGUCGCGGACGCGUUCCGCCAUCGGCCCAGUCUGGCCAGCGGCACGGACGAGAUAAGCAGGGCGGUGCGGCAGCUGGUGCUGCGGGCGUGGGAAGCCCGCGAGCGGAGCGCAUGCAAAGGCGGACUGAAAGUGCCGAAUUCGACAACACUGAUUGCAGAUCUGCGGGCACAGGCGCAAAAGACUAGCAUCGCCAGUGCAGAGGAAGAUAUUGGGGCAGAGCCAAACAGUAGCCUGGACAGGUCCUAUGCAGACGAUUGGGAGUCCUGGGAUUACUGGAACACGUUGCUGCAAGGCGAGACGGUUGUAUCGAGCCUUUUUCUGCUCUUCUACGCAUACGACAGCGACGACAGCGACGACAGUGACGACGCAGACGGAACGGACGACACGGACGAUAAGAGAAGCAAUCGACAUUCUGCUCUCGCAUUCCCCAGCACGCUCUUCAGAUCGGGGCCUUUCCCAUCGGCUCUAACACGCAGUCUUGAUGCCGAACCCAGACGAUGUGGCCUCGCCGACGCAGUCGAUCCAGUCGAUCCAGUCGCUGCCGGCAGCGGCGACGGCGAUGAGGCUGCCGAAGCACCGCCACGGCUCACUCGACAACGAUCCGCCGACCGGAGCAGCGCACCAGAUGCACCAUCACCACCGUGCGCCACGGCCGAUGCCGCUCUCGCAUUCGGAGGCCAGCCUUCCGAUCCGGCGGCCAACACCGACGACAGCAUCGCUGUAUGCGUCGACGUUAUCGCCGCCGGGAUCGCGGUCGAUGUCACCGGUGGGCCGCGUCAGCUCGCCGGCAGCGCGACCGUCAUCGAUGGCGGCAUCUAUGCUGGGCACCGGAGCAACAGCGUCAGCACGGUGAACACGGUGAGCACGGUGACGGGGGCGGCUCCGCCGAUCGGGGCGCCGUUCUCGCGGUCUCUGCUGGAGAGUCCGGCGGCCGAGAGCGCGGGCGAGCCGCUGUCGCUGCUGCUCAAGGCAUUUGUGCCGCACGUGGCGGUGUACUCGUCGCGCGACACGGACGCGCUGCUGCGCGAGAAGGGCUUCAGCCGUGGGCUGUGCGAGCUAUUGCAGCCGUUUGGCGAGCAGGUGCAGGGCCGCGUGAUGGUGCGCGACAGCAACGGGACGACGCGGCCGCGCGACGACUUUGCCGUGCGCUUCGUGCCGUUUGGCGACAACAUCGAGACGCCGCAGCCGGUGCACGGCGUAGUCAAGGCGUCGGUGACGGCGCCGUCGCUGCCGUUGUUUGGGGCCCUGCGGCGGGGCGGCAGUCUCCGCGCAUCAGCAGCAGACGGAGGAGGUGGUGAUGCGGCCGAGACACCGGCAGCGGCAGCAAGAGCACGCAUGAACAGCCGGUCGGCCAGCAAUGCGGCCGAGUCGCGAAUCCCGCUGGUCGAGGCCGUGGUCGAGCAGCACCUCCGGUUCGCAGAACAGUCCUUUCUGGGAGGGCUUCAACAGCCAACAACGUCCAUGGCUAAACAGCAGCAGCAGCAGCAGCAGCAGCAGCAACAACAACAACAGUCACAACAAACGCAGCAGUCACAACAACAACACGACCUGGAGCUCGACGCCGAGACCACGUCGCCCUACUACUCGCUAUACCUGCGGCGACUGCUCUCAGGGCUGCCGGUGGCGUGCCACGAGACGUUUGCACACCCGGUGGCUUGUGUGAUCGCGAUCAGCUCGCGCAACUCGUCGCCAAUCCAGACGUUCCAGGAGCUGUACCGCGACAUCAGCCAGGGCGAGAGGCAGCUGCCGCCGUGGGUGGACGGCGACUUUCUGCGGUACUACGUGCUCGUGCACGAUGAAGAGCGCGGCGAUAUUGUGCAGUCGAUGGCGCUGUUUGAGAAGAUGAAGCGCAGCCUGGGGCUGCACUGCCAUCUGCUACGGAUCCGGAGUAUACAGAGCGCAGAGACAGACGACGACAGCGUUCUGCUGCCGCGCAGCGACUGGAUGACAGCAGCCGAGGAGUAUGCCGACUUGGAGCGAAGCGAGCGAUGGGAGUGGGACCGGAAAGGCGAGAGGGAGGAGGCGGAUGGGGGCGAGGGCGAGGGCAAGGGAGAAUAUGGCGAGUACGACGACGAGGACGACUACGCAAGCCCGACGCGAUACAUUUUCGAGUCAGACGCAGCAGCAGUCCGAACGUUUGUGCGCGAGCUGGUGACGCAAUCAAUCAUCCCGACGAUGGAGCGCAGCGUUUCGGUGUGGAACGACCAGGUGGCAUCGAAGCGACGGGGACUAAGCGGACGGUUUAUCAGCCUGUCGAAGCGAUGGGCCGGUUUUGGCAGCAGCAGCAGCAGCAGCAGCAGCAACGGGAACAGCGGCAGCGGCGGGUCACGACACGGAGCCAGCGGCAGCGGAGGAGGAUCGAGCUACAACGGACAACAGGGAUACUACGCAGCCGAGGCGUCAGAGGCGGUGAUGCGGAAGCUGGCGGACUACGCCUUUAUGCUGCGAGACUGGAAGUUGGCGAUGUCGACAUACGACAUUCUGCGGGCGGAUUUUGCCAAUGACAAGGCGUGGAAAUACCACGCAGCCGCACACGAGAUGUGCGGGUUGGCGCUGCUGAUCCUGGCGCCGGCAGCAUCGUCGCGCACGAAGCUGGAGACGGUCGACAGCAUGCUGGAGCAGGCGUACUACUCGUACCACACGCGCUGUGGCAACGCAUACGGGGCGCUUCGGAGCGUAACCUUGGGGCUGGAGCUGCUGCGGCUGCGCGGCGGUGCGGCAGCAGUAGGCGACGCCGUGCGCUGGGGCAUGCGGCUGCUAGAGGCGCGACUGGCCGGCGCGGUGGGUGAUGCGCUGCUGCGGGAGCGCGUGGCGGCCUGCUGCAGUGCCCGGCCGGCCGUCGGGGCUGGACCGCUGACGGCCUGGGGCAGCUGGCGGCGCAAGGCGGCCUUCUGGCACGUGCUGGCGGCCGAGACAUGGGUGGCUCAGGGCAAGUACAUCCAGGCACAGCGCUGUCUGAACGAGGCCCGGCGGGCGUACUCGCUGCUGCACUGUGACGACGGCAUCGGCGGGUUCGCGCUCGCGAGCGGGCUCAUGACCGGACUGCAGAGGCGGCUGAAGCAGGGGCUGGCAGCCGGGGGAAGAGGGCCGGCCGGAGGUGCAGGAGGCGGUGCAGAACCGACAGAGCCGGCAGAACAGUCGGGGACAGGCGCAGAAGCAGACGCGUCGACACCACAGGCAGACGAGGAGGUGCAGUUGAUGGCUGAUGCACGGGCCGAGAAGAUGGCUAAACGACGGUCACGUGCAAACAGCCUUUUGGGCGGCGGUGGAGUCCAGUCGGCCUUGGAGACGGCCCCACUACGGAGUCUGGCCGUGGCGAUAGAACAGGGAGAUCCAGACCUGUUGGAUGGAGGGUUUGGAAAGGUGUAG